AUUAACCUCAUUAGCACUGCAGCCGCUCCUUUUCUGUUUCAUUGUCUGGUGUCUUAAGAGUAAAUCUUGGGGAACAACUGGACAAGCGUCCUUAGCUACCUUGUGGUUUUGCUGUUUAAGCAAUCUUGCUAGAGCUGUGCUGUCCACUUCAGGAUGUGGUUGCUGGUGUUUUUGGUAUCAUUCCUCAUUGGGGUAGGUACUACAUUUUGGUACCUGUUUGGCAGACAAAGCCCUUUCACAGUGGAUUCAGUCAGGGAUCCAGAACCGAUGGAACUUGACCAGAAGAAAAGAGACAAAGUUCUGAAGCAAGGCUUCACCAGGGAGAAGGUGCCUCAGAGUCUGGAUGCAAUCGUGAUCGGCAGUGGGAUCGGUGGGAUGACGGCAGCGGCUACGAUAGCCAAACUGGGCAAGAGAGUUCUUGUGCUGGAGCAACAUGACCAGGCAGGAGGCUGCUGCCACACCUUCACCGAAAAAGGCUUUGAGUUUGAUGUCGGGCUUCAUUACAUCGGUCAACUACAUGAGAACAGCUUCUUUAGGAUUGUUAUGGACCAGAUCACUGAAGGCCAGCUGCAGUUUGUGGAGCUGGACAAGCACUUUGACACCAUCAUCAUUGGCACUGGAGAAGAACAGAGGAAAUACACCAUCUACAUGGGCAAAACUGAGAUGGAGGAACAUCUCAAAAAGCAGUUCCCCAAUGACGUCAAAGCUGUGGAAGAAUUCUUCAAGAUCAUGAAGAUCUCAGCCAGAAAGACCCCCUUCUUGGCUGGUCUGAAGCUGAUUCCCCAGUGGUUGGCGCUGUUCCUGCUGAGGAGCGGCAUUGCUGACCUCUUGUCCCCCGUCUUCCGCCUCAUAGGCUCCAGUGCAACAGAGGUGGCCGACAUCCUGACCUCCAACAAGGAUCUUCAAAUUAUCUUUGCUUACUUCUUCUAUGGUGUUCCCCCAAGGGAUUCCAGCAGCCUUAUCAACGCUCUGCUGCUGCACCACUACAAGCGUGGCGCAUACUACCCAAGAGGGGGCGCCAGUGAAAUCCCGUUCCACAUCACUAAGGUCAUCCAGAAAUACGGGGGGAAUGUUCUGGUCCGUGCUCCUGUCACUCGCGUCCUGGUCGACAGUAAAGGAGCUGCAUACGGUGUCUCCGUCAAGAAAGGCCAGGAAGAGGUGGAGGUGCGGGCUCCUAUCAUCAUCUCCAACUGUGGAAUCUUCAACACCUUCAAGAGGCUCCUGCCUCCGGAGAUACAAGCCAAGCCAGAGAUUCAGAAGAGGCUGGACAUGAUGAAGCCUGGACAAGGAUCCUUGCUGGUUUUCUCAGGUUUUGACGCCACUGCAGAAGAACUGGGCAUCAAUUCCACCAACCUCUGGCUCUUCAACAAUAAUGACAUGGAUGCCAUGAUGGAUGAUUUCUUCAGUUUGGAAAAGGACGAGGCUCCAGAUAACAUCCCUAUGAUGUUCAUCACUUUCCCCUCCGCCAAAGACCCCACUUCGAAGAUUCGUCACCCAGGUAAAACGUGCAUGACUAUUAUGACUAUGGUCAAUUACGAAUGGUUUGAGGAGUGGAAGGACACUACAGUGAAAAAACGAGGGGAUGACUACAUGGAUUACAAGAUGAGAUUUGCCAACAAUCUCUUCGACUGGGCCUGUAUGUACUUCCCCAAACUCAGGGAGAAGUUGGUUUUUCAAGAGGUAGCGACUCCACUGACUAACGUGCACUUCCUCGGAGCUUACCGUGGAGCCAUGUACUCUGCCGAGCACAACCUGGAGCGCUUUCACAUAGAGGUCAUGGCCAAGAACCGCUGUGACACUCCUGUCAAAAAUCUCUUCAUUUCAGGUCAGGAUGUGUUCAGCUGCGGUAUCGCCGGUGCAUUACAUGGUGGUCUUCUCUGUGCCUCCAUAGCACUUGGACACAUUGUUUACAUUGACCUCUUUCUGCUCAAGAAGAAGCUGAAGAGGAGGAAAGCUAGAGAGAUGGCUGCACUCGCCAAGAAGCUUCAGUGAGGGGGUCAGUCGAGUGCUCGAGGUUAGGGAACUGGCCUUGUGACUGCAAGGUCGCCUGUUCAAGCCCCAGAGCCAACAGUACGUGACUGAGGUGCCCUUGGGCAAGACACCUGACCCCCAACUGCUCCCCGGGCGCUGCGGAUAGGGCUGCCCACCGCUCCGGGCAACUGUGCUCACUGCCCCCUCGUGUAUCUCUAUUCACUAGUGUGUAUGUUUCACUGCACUGAUGGGUUAAAUGCGGAGGUGAAAUUUCCCCAGUGUGGGACUAAUAAGGGUCAUUUAAUCUUAAGUAAACCUAAUUAAAAACCACAGGGGCUCAGCAGAUUAGAAGAAUUACAGUCCACAUCUAUAUAAUUAUAGCAUUAUACAGUAUCUAUAUAUCUAUCUAUGUCUAUUAUGUAUGUAUUACACAUUAUAACUUUGUGUUGUAUGUUUAACACAUCAGUGGCUAUCCUACAAUAUAAUAAUGAGUGAGUUUUAUUGAAUUGUAUAUUUUUGAAUUUGUAGCUGAUAUUUUCUACUGAAAGCUGUAGUACUUUUUGCUUAUUGGAAGAAAUAGUAAUAAUCCACAAUCAUCAUUAAAAUAAUAAUAAACAAUGGAAAUUUGUCUUUGCAGUUGAAAAAUAAUAACUGAGAUAAGUACACUCCUGACUUCAGCAACUUGUGCAGCCACACAAUGUUGUGUUUUCUAUAUUUGUCUACUAGUUCCUGACAUAUUCUGGGAUACAUUUUACAUUAAAUGGUGCUGCAGUUACACUGAAGCGCCUUAAAUGGAGAACAAAUGGAAGCCAGUGUCCCUCAAGAAAUGCAUUUAUUUACCUUAAUAAAUACAUUUAUU